UGUGCGGGCGUGUGUAUGUGUGUGUGUGUGUGUGUCUGUCUCCGUGUCUGUCUGUCUGUGCGGGCGUGUGUGUGUGUGUGUGUGUGUGUGUGUGUGUGUGUGUGUGCGUGUGUUACCGGGGAGACGGUCCUGCAGCAGGAUGCGGAGUAUCCGGUAACGCGCUCGUAGCUUUUCCAAAAGAUGCGGCUUCACGAUAUCCCCAUGUUACCUCAUGUCUGAUAGACGCUGAUUGAAUAUUGUCUGGGUGCGCACUGUCCGGUUCAAAGCUUUACAGCGCUGUUUUUUAAACUUUCAUGAAUCCUCACAGACAUUGACAAGUUUCUUGAGAGGUGCGCGUUGAUUUCAUCAUGGCUACAGACUUUUAACAAUUUUGUAAACCCGCCGGACAUCUGGACAGUAUGGAUAGUGAAUCAGACUCAUGGGUUUAUAUCUGCACAAAUACUGAAGAUACUACGAGCAGUGGAACAAAAUGACACCGGUGUGGAACCAGCGACCGGGGCGAGAACCACCGAGACCCAGAUGGGGACUGACAGAUCAAAGGAUUAAACUGCCAAAAUGCCCAAAUGCUCCCCUUCGGCAACCUCUUCCAUCUUACCUGCACAGGUCCAGACCCAGAAGGCCUCCCACAGACUUUGGUCCUUCAGAAAGCCCUGUGUAUCACUGGGAGGAAGCAAGAGUUUCCAGGGCGAGCGGCUACCACGCCAGACAUGCAGAAGCAAGCCCAGUGCGCCCACGAAUCGUGACCGUGGUGCGGCCGUGCGGACAGGAGAGCGUGCGGAAGAUCUCACUGCUGUUAAACCGCCGCGCUGUGCAGACGUUCGAGCAGCUGAUGGCAGAUGUGUCCGAGGCGCUUGGCUUCCCCUGCUGGAACAACGCUCGAAUACGACGACUCUUUAGCCCUGCUGGGCGAGAAAUCAACAGCCUUGCCGACUUCUUCCGCUUCGACCAUGCCUUCUUGGCCUUUGGGAACAGCCGACCAUCUCUUGACGAGGUACAUGCAGCACUAGAUGAGUUAUAUCCGGAAAACCCCAGCCAUUGUGAACACCUGCUGAGAGUAUGGGAGCGUAUCCUGAGACCCAAGGCCACUAAGACGGAUAGUGGUUUCCAUGAUGAUGACGCCGGAGCCGAGAUGUCCUUACCUACGGUACAUGAUCAACAGGUAAACCAACCGGUUGUCAACAACCUGCAGCCUAUUGGAAGGCAAAAAGAAAAGGUGAAGAGAGAAAGGCAGAGAGAACUGUGGAGGAGGAGAGGCGACCUGCAGAAAGAAGAUGAGAAGGAGAUAAAGAAGGAGGAAGGAAAGAGAGAAGCUGUUUACUGCCGGAGCUGUCGAGGAUGCGGCCCACCUAUACCUCCAAUCAGAAGCAGUCGAUGCUCUCAACCAGACAAGCCAAAUAACCACAGUAAUAAGAGUACUUCAUCUCAGAACAUGGAAAAAAAACAACAAAGACCACUGAAAGCAGACAAGCACGUUGCCAAUACAAAAUCAAGCCCAGCUGUUCCUCAAAACCGGGAUAAAGAUCUUAAUUUGGAGACAAUAACGGAGCAGGACAUUAAUAAGCAGGAAACAGCUGAGCAAAAAAACUUCCAGAGUAAUAUACUGCCUGAUGGUGGCGAAGUGUCGCUGGAGGACAUUGAGCGCUGCUAUGACAUGGGCCGUGUGGUAGGGGAUGGGAACUUUGCGGUGGUCAGGGAGUGUCGUGUGAGAGGCCUGGCUGAAACGUUCGCUAUGAAGAUUGUGGACAACGCAAAGCUGCAGGGACGUGGUCACAUGAUUCAGAAUGAGAUUGCUCUGCUGCGUAGUCUGGAACAUCCUCGCCUCAUCCAGCUGUUUCGUUCUCAUCACACGGGCACCCAUGUUUACCUGCUGAUGGAGCUGGUGACCGGUGGAGACCUGUUUGAUGCUAUCACUCAGAGCGGCAGGUUUACUGAGCCAAGUGCUGCAUGCAUGAUCAGAGACAUCAGUCAGGCUCUGGAAUACAUCCACAGCAAGAGCAUCGCACACCGAGACAUCAAACCUGAAAACCUACUGGUACAGCGGCAUGGCAAUGGAAGCUUGAAUCUGAAGUUGGCUGAUUUUGGAUUAGCCAUGGUGGUAACAGAGCCAGUGUUCACAGUCUGUGGCACACCUACAUAUGUUGCUCCAGAGAUACUUGCUGAGACAGGUUACGGUGUUGGAGUAGAUGUUUGGGCGAUGGGUGUCAUACUGUUUGUCCUGCUGAGUGGGUUUCCUCCAUUCCGCAGUCCAGAUCGUAAUCAAGAGGAACUAUUCCGUCUCAUCCAGAAAGGAGAAGUCCACUUUCUGUCCCAUUACUGGGAUAAUGUAUCGGAGGGGGCUAAAGCUCUAGUCAGGGCUUUGCUGGAGGUCAACCCAAAAAGGCGUUUGACAGCUAGUCAAACCCUGCAGCACGACUGGCUUCAGCAUGCAACAGCACAAAAAGACCAUAAGGAGGCGAUAAAGGCCACUGACUCCACAGCUGAGAGUCACAACCGACAGAAACUAAGCAGACAGUUGGAAAAUGGUGAACAUAAGAGUGAUUCUAGAAAAACAGAAAUGUUGGCAGGCAAAUGCCAUGCAGCACAAAUUUACGAAAAUAUACUCAAUAAUAAUAAUUAUGAACCAGAUAUUAACAUGCAUGACAAAGACCAGCAAAUUCAAGAGAUUCAUAACAUGACAAGCAAUCAACAAAAUGCAUCCCAUGCAGAAGACACCACCACCACCACGAACAAACAAUAUACCACAGAUCAGCACAAACCUGAGAAACCAGCACAGCAAGAAGACACUGACGCAAAACAAGAGUGACCUGCUGAGUAAUGAGUUACCGGUAGUUAACGGGCAGUGAAGACUGAAGAAGCCAGCAUAAACAAGUGACUAGAAGAAACCAAUGAAUAAUGGAGUCAGAACUAAAGACAAUAAAGUGGGACAGUACACCUGAGGAAAAAUAUAACAUAAACAUUAUACUCCGUAGUAAACAACAUCCAGUGUCUUCUCAUACUCUCAAACUGACUGACAGUUCACUGUUUUUAUCCUGAUCACCAGGCCCUGAUGAAAUCUGCUGAAUUAGUGUAAAUAUGGUUAACUGUAUUCAAAGGUGCUUAUAGUGCACUCUUCUUGGCAGCUUAAGGUAUAAUCCAAUAUUUAAAAAAACUAAUUUGAAUAUCAAAAUUCUGUGUGUGCUUACAGGUCACUAAUGAAAUGAUCUGGGACAUUAAAGUAACUAUUAUUACGAGACAUACUGACUAGAGGCAGAAGGACAAUUUAUGUUGUAUUGUUGUUUUUGUAUGUAAAAGUCUCUGAUUAUUCUGUAUUUUCGUCUUAAUCUGUGUUAUUUUAAAAGAAAGACAUUUCGGUAUGGAAGGACUAGUUUUGUUUUUAAUAUGUAUCGGUCAAGCUUGGCCCCUGCCAAUGUUUGUGGGAAUGUUAGUUGGGUAGACUAGCUAGUAAUAAGCUAAAAGUAUUUAGUAUUAUUUGCCUUCCCAUGUCUCAUGUCAUGUAUUAUAUUGCAAAUUUUCAAAUAAAUCUGUUCA